ACUCAUCGCGCUGUCAACGUCUUGCUUGGCUCUGCUAUCCUCUGCUUCUGAACAACAAUAGGCUAUUGUUAAGAUGUAUCCAGGAGACAAGGUGACUGCUGUGAUGACUGGGCUAAUUUUCCUAGUUGUCACUGUCUUCUUGACUGAUUCUUGUCUACUUCCAUCUGUUGACAAGGAUGAUGCGAUAUCUGCAGCCACGGAAGGAGUUGACGCUGUGUUGGCAAAGGUGACAAAGCCCCACUGCUCCAUGUUCCUCCUUACAGACGGCAGAUCCUCACCCAGUAAUAUUAUUAGGUUUAUGGACGUGGUACGUGCUCCCUGGGGUAUAGGAAUGUUCGAGGUGGCAUCGGACAACCAAGAUGUUAAAGACAUGGAAGCAGAAAUUACCAGAGUACUCGGCUUGUUGCGUACACUGCGGCAGGUGUCAUGGUGCGUGACGGUGGUGGUGGUGAGCGACGACCCAGCCUUCCUCGCCGCCUUCGCCGAGUGGUCCCUCAAGGGCCGCCUCCUGGUGUGGUCGACGAGGCUCCUCGCCGUAACCAGCCUGCCUCUCCCUAAGCUCCACCACCUACACAAGACCUUUUCUACGAGGAACGCAAUGAUGCUCAUCGUAGAGAACGUUCAAGAACACAUUAAGUGUGAUGUGUAUAUAUACCUGCCGUACAGUCAUCAGGGAGCUCCGGCAACGAGGAUUGCUUCCUGGACCCCUCAACGAGGCCUGGCUCUCACAACUCACCUCCUACUUUUUCCUGACAAGUUCACCAAAUUGAUGAACCGUCCAAAUCUGGUUGUGGCGACGGAGGGAAACCCUUUCAAUAAAAUGAUUAUAGAAGAGGACAGAGAAGCCCCUGAGGGACAUCGGGUCAGGUUCUCAGGUCCCGUGCCAGAGCUAAUAGACUACCUUGCUACCGGGCUAAAUUUCUCGUACACAUACAUGCGGCCUCCUGACGGGUCUUGGGGCAUAAAGUACAAUAACGGAACAUGGUCCGGCAUGGUGGGUAUGGUGAGCAGGGAGGAGGUUGAUAUAGGUGCUGGUCCCUUUGGCGUUAGCGGUAAUCGUGCCGAGGUGGUAGACUUCACUGUCCCAAUAAUGAUAGAGUACAGUAGAAUGUUGGGGGGGCGAGGGCGUCCGGAGGUGGAUCCGUGGAGCUUCCUCCUGCCGUUGGCGCCUCUGGUGUGGGUAGCUGUCCUGUCGGGCUUACUGGUGCUCCCUACGACUGUGUUCUUGCUCUCUUUAACCUUCUCACUCAAUACCAAUGAUCAAGGAAAGCUGAAAGGACAUUUGCCUUCCUACGCGUUUUCCUACAGCAAGAUAUCAUAGUACCAGAGGGCUGGUGGUGGGAGCGGGUGGUGUUGGCGGUGUGGAUGUUGAUGACGUUGGUGUUAACACGGAGCUACGCCGGCAACCUCAUGGCCCUCUUGGCCGUGAGACACAUCCCUGAGCCAUACCAAACCAUCGGUGACUUCUUAGACGACUCAUCAGUCACUAUGAUAUGGCAAACAGGCUCCAGUAUUAAGCGGUAUUUGUAUUCUGCAAAUACAGGCGAGUACCGGGCUCGAUGAUCUGGAAAAGGAAGGUCGCAUCACAUACAGGAGAGCCGCAGACUACCCACAGAUCAUCGAUACUCUAGUGAGGAGGGGUGACCACGUCCUCAUGGAGGUGAACGUUGGUGUGCGAGUCUACAUGGCUGAGGAUUUUGCACGUACAGGGAGGUGUUCUUUUUACUCGUCAAGAGAGGAGGUGCAGCCCAACUUGUUUGCAAUGAUCGGUCAACAGGACAGCCCACUUGUCCCUUCCAUUAGUAGGAGGAUUAGGAAGAUGACUGAGGCUGGGUUAUUCUACCAGUGGUUGAAGAUGCAAGACCCUAAAUCUACUCUCUGUGAUCAUGAACCCAACAAGAUCACUGUUACCUCGUCUCUCGCUCUCAGCAAUCUUUGGGGAAUGUUUGUGAUCCUCGGGUCAGGAUUCAUUACCAGCCUGUGUCUGCUCUGCCUGGAGCAUAUAAUCGCCGGCGUUAUUCAGUCCUAGGAAUGUUGAACUUCCAUCUGUAUUUGACAGUUCAUUUUAUGUAGACGGUAACUGUGGUGACGAUUUUGUCCAUGUUGAAAUUCUUGUAACCAAUAUCUAGAUGUGUUAACUCUUAGGCGUUGUUCAGUACAUAGGAACAUUAACGCUGUAUAAAUAAAAAUAAGGAAAUUGA